AUGCUCUAUCCACAGUUUCACUUGGCUUUUGCCGGCAAAGAAGCCGGAACGGGUAUGGCGAUAUCGUGGACAACGUUUGCUCGUGAAGAAGACACAGCGGUGUGGAUUGGCACAACUGAGAGCAAGCUAACUCGGGUAAAGGAUGCUACUAUUGAUACAAAGUCAUACUACAAGGACGACCACUACGAGCUGUACAGCUACCACGCGGUUGUGGAAGGUCUGAAGCCCAAUAAAACGUAUUUCUACAAGGUCGGUAGCGCCUCUGAAGCCAAAUUUCGAAGUGCUAUAAGCAAAUUCGCCACAGCUCGCAAAAGCGGCGACCAAAGUCCAUUCACGAUCGCAGUGUACGGAGAUAUGGGAGCCGAUGCGAACGCCGUUGAGACCAACAAGUACGUCAACUCGCUGGUGGACAAGGUGGACUUCGUCUAUCAUCUCGGUGACGUGUCCUAUGCAGACGACGCGUUUCUGUCAGCUAAAAUAGCUUUCGGUUUCUUUUACGAGCAAGUGUACAACAAGUUUAUGAAUUCCAUGACCAACAUCAUGAGGCGGAUGGCGUACAUGGUACUGGUGGGAAACCAUGAGGCGGAAUGCCAUUCCCCAGCUUGUCUUCUCUCCGACAAAAAACUGAAUCAACUCGGCAAUUACUCGGCUUUCAACGCGCGCUUCAGGAUGCAGGCGCCUGAAAGCGGGGGAGUGCUGAACAUGUGGUAUUCCUACGAGUACGCGUCCGUACACUUCACGACGAUCUCGUCCGAGACCGAUUAUCCGAAUGCUCCGAGUAACGCCUACCAUACGCACCGAGUGUACGGCCCCUUCGGCGAUCAGUUAGCGUGGCUCGAAGCUGAUCUCAAGGCUGCGGACGCUAACCGCGACCAGGUCCCGUGGAUUGUUGUCGGAAUGCAUCGACCGAUGUACACGAUCCGUUCAUGCGACGCAGACGACAAGCCUAACAACGACUUUGAGUCGCUUAACGUGCAAGAGGCUUUCGAGAAACUGUUCAUCAAGUACAAGGUGGAUCUGGUUCUACAAGGUCACGUCCAUGCGUACGAACGUCAAUACCCGACGGCGAACGGCACCGCCAUGCUGGACGGUGUCUCCAAAGAUAAUGCGACUUACAUCAACCCAAAGGCACCAGUGUACGUGAUUUCUGGCUCUGCAGGAGGCCCCGAAGGGCUGCACAAGUACAAACAUCCAAAGCCACCGAAGUGGCAUGUCUUGAUGGACAACAAGCACUACGCCAUCACCAUGAUGGCGGUCACUCCGACGAAUAUCACAUUGGCAACGGUAGAGAGUGCCACUGGUGCCGUGUGCGAUAAGUUUUCUAUCAUUAAAGAGCAAGGGGAUGUACCUCAAAAGAAAUGA